CUCAACCUGGCUCCCCUGAGGGCAGCCCCGAAAAUGAAUGCCAACCACUCCGUCCGCUGGCGCCGAACGGAGUCCGGCGGGGGGGCCGAGGAGAGCCCGGCGGGCUGGCAGGGAGGGCCCGGCCCCGCUGCCGAGGAGGAGCCGUGCCCGGUGACACCGCCUCGGGAGGCCGCGGAGGGCCGGGCCGAGCGGAGCGGCCCGGGCCGGGCUCAGCAGGCCGCGCCCAGGGCCGCGGAGGCCGAGCCGCGCCCCAUGGAGCGGGGCGGGUUCCCGUGCGCUGCUCGGAGCGUGCUGGGAGCGGCGGGAAUGCUGGCCGGGCUGGCGGCGAUCGGCGGGCUCGCUGUUGUCUUCUACACUGGGGUAGCUGUGGGACAAAAAAUGUGUCCUAAAGGAGUGGAAAACUAUGUGGCAUCCAUGGUGCUGAGUGCAGUUGGUGACACAGUGGCAUAUUACAACGGGAGAUGGGAGUUCCAGAAGAGUGGACCAGUCAUCCACAAGGAGCUGGCAGACAUGGGGGGGCUGGCCAACAUCAGCCUCCAGGGCUGGAUCGUCAGCGAUGACACCGUGAUGCACUUGGCCACGGCUGAAGCUCUGGUGGCAGCUGGGAAAAACCCAACGUUACCACAUCUCUACACUCUGCUUGCAAGGAACUACAAGGAGUGCAUGAAUGACAUGGAGGGCAGAGCUCCAGGUGCCAUGUCUGUGGAAAGCACCAGGAAGCUGGCUCCGGGGCAGCCCAACGGCUGGCGGAUCCCGUUCAGCCCGCGGGCGGGGGGCUGCGGGGCCGCCAUGCGCGCCAUGUGCAUCGGGCUGCGCUUCUACCGGCCCGCCCAGCUGGACACGCUGAUCCGAGUCAGCAUCGAGAGCGGCCGCAUGACCCACCACCACCCCACCGGCUACCUGGGGGCCCUGGCCUCAGCCCUCUUCACGGCUUACGCGGUGAACGGCGUGCCCCCCGUGGCCUGGGGGAAGGGGCUCCUGGAGGUGCUGCCACGGGCAAAAGCCUACGUGCAGGAAUCCGGCUUCUACGCGAAGGAGAACAUGGAGCAAUGGUACUACUUUGAAGAGAAGUGGAAAAAAUACCUGGAGGAGAGAGGCAUCUCGGAUGGCGUCUCAUCACCCAAAUUCCCGGCCAAGUACGGCGUGGAAGAGAGAGACUCGUUCUACACCUCGCUCAGCUACAGCGGCUGGGGCGGCAGCAGCGGGCACGACGCGCCCAUGAUCGCCUACGACGCCCUGCUGGGCGCGGGGGACUCCUGGACGGAGCUGGCUCACCGCGCCUUCUUCCACGGCGGGGACAGCGACUCCACGGCUGCCAUCGCCGCCAGCUGGUGGGGCGUCAUCCACGCCUUCAAGGGCGUUCCCCCCAACCUCUACGCCCACCUGGAGUACAAGGAGCGCCUGGAGAAGGUGGCCAAGGACUUGUAUAGCAUACUGUAGGCAGGAGAUGGCAACCACACCAC